AUGGUAUCUACCACUGAAUUAGUUGAAUUUGAAAAUCCAUAUUCAAAUGGACCUACUAGCAAGACUACUUCAGAACAAUCUGUAGGGAUGAACAUGAACUUUGAAGGAACGCUUCAGUCGCUUGUCAACGUUCAAAAACAGUUCUCAGAUAUGAACAAAACUAUUAAGCAAAAAGAUGAAGAAAUAAGACAGUUAAAGGAAGAGAACGAUAAAUUGAAAAAAGAGUUAAAGUCCGCCAAGUCUCCUGAUCAUCUCUUAAAUGGACGUAACAAUGGACAUAAAAUAGAUGAAUUGAAAAGGGCCGUUGGGAAAACUAUUGAAGAUGUAUUAUCAGAGCAUUCAUCCAGAUCCAAUAUCCCAAGGUCCUACAUUUCUCCACAAACAGCGCAAACGACAUCCGCCACCAUUCUUCCAGUUUCAGUUCAUGCUUCCAUCGCUGACGUUAAUAAUCAGUUAGCUUCCACAAAUGAUUCCAAACCUAUUACAUCUACUAUUCCAGACGAAUCUACGGUACUUGCUAGUAGUCACAUGAAUCCCUCCAGUAACAAUAAUCAAGAUACAAACUUUGAUCAUAUUAAUCAAUAUACGAUUUUCGUCUCAUGGCCUGGUACUAUGACGCCAGAACAAUUACGUGAUUUAUUUGAUAGUAACGAUGUUGAAGAUAUCCGCUAUAUGACGACAAAGCAAUUUGCUCACGUUGAUUUGAAGUCUGAACAAGCUUUGAAAAGUGCUUUACUUCUUCAUGGACAGACAAAGAAUGAAUUACAAGGUGCAUUACGGGUAGAAUGCGGAAAACCACAAAAUGGGCAACGUCCGCAACAUCAAAAUAAAAAUUUAUUCCGACAUAAUUACAAAGGUCAUCAUCAAAAUCAUAACAAUAAUUCCCAGUUCAUGAGUAAUUCACCUGAUAAUAAUCCUUAUCCAGAAAGCGAUCUACAAAAUGUUUCAACCUUUGCUCAAAAACAAGAACAUAAACAAAAUGGAGAGAUGUGA